AUGAGAAAUUUUGUGAUCGAUGCUUCUAAAGGAAAUCUUGUUAAAUACAUAUCAUCACCAGAGGUGGAAUUUCUGAAAAGUAUCAUGACAACAUUCAAAUCAACCACCACAAAACUAAUUUUCAGAUUUCUAGAAGUGAACAAGACUGAGCCCUCAACCAAUCAAACAUAUGGUUCACUUUUAAAAAAUCUGACAUUUAUCAAGACAUUUGCUUCUGGUGUUUUAGUUCCUAAAUCAUACAUAUGGCCUGUGGAUAAUGACUUCUAUUUACAACCAUCUACCUCAUUGGUCUUGGAUGCCCACAAAGAGGGUUUACAAGUAUUUGGUUCAGAUUUCAUGAAUGAUGUGCAACUUGCGUAUAAUUACAGUUAUGACCCUGCAGAAGAGUAUCUGUAUUUUAUGGAUAAUGGCAGAUUCUGUGUGGAUGGUGUGCUUUCCGACAAUCCAGUGACUCCAUCAGCAGCUUUUAGUAAGUUUUCAACCCUUUAA